UUUCACAGGAACUGUAUAUUACACAACACCGGAUACGGCGUGGGGGGAGGUUUGUAAAUCGUUGCAAGUAGUUUUUUGGGGUUCAGUUUCUCUUCAUAUGUCCAGCAAUAACAUUAACAGCUGUUAUAAGUCUAUUUGUCUUGGUUAGAAUGGGCGUUUUGUUAUUAUAAGCACAGCAAUGGAGGAAGUGGUUUAAUAAGGUUUAAUAACCCACAGCACGGUUCAUUCUCAGUAGCUCAAGCUUCUCCUGGUCUUACCGGGCGGAUUCAACUUGCGCAGUUUGUCGCUGGACAUGGCAGGCGGGUUGAAAGCGGGAUUCGUUCGUCUCAUGCAAUAUUUGCAGGACCCUCAGCACGUCGCGCGCUUCCAACGGCUGUGCGGGGUGUGCGGGACCGAACCGCGUGACAUACUCUGUAACGGGGUGCCAAGCACUCGCCACGGGGAUGUUCAGAACGGAGAAGGGGAUGCCACCCGCCGUAGGACAGCAGGAGUAGAGAGCGACAGGGAGAAACGCAAUAACAGCGUGGCGAACGGGGCUGCGGGAGAAAACGUCAACAGGCAGGCGCGGGAUAAAGACGGGGUCGAGGCUCAAGAAUCCGCGGUAAAGCCGUUGCGCAGAAACUCUCUCACCGGAGACGUCGGGCAGGAGUUCAAAAUCGACAAUAAGUUUCUUUACUACCUGUUCACGCUUGGUACCGAGCUUGGGAACGAGCUGUUCUACAUUUCAUUCUUCCCGUUCUUCAUGUGGAACGUGGACGCGUAUGUGAGCCGCCGGUUAGUCGUCGUCUGGGUGUGGGUCAUGUAUCUCGGCCAGUGCACGAAAGAUGUGAUCCGCUGGCCGAGACCUGCCUCGCCCCCGGUGGUCAAGGUGGAGAUGUUUUACAACUCGGAGUACAGCAUGCCCUCCACGCAUGCCAUGUCCGGUACCGCCAUACCCUUGAGCCUGUUCCUGCUGACCUACGGUCGAUGGGAGUAUCCUCUGCUGCUGGGUCUCUCUCUAGCCAUCAGCUGGUGUGUCCUGGUGUGUUUGAGCCGCAUAUACAUGGGCAUGCACUCCAUACUGGACAUUAUUGCUGGUUUUCUGUAUAGUUUGCUGAUCCUGGUGGUCUUCAGUCCUGCUCUGGACAUCAUCGACACCUUUAACCGCUCACAUCCCUACGCCCCGCUCAUCAUCAUCUCACUUCACGUAGGACUAGGCCUCUUCUCCUUCACCUUGGACACCUGGAGCACCUCACGCGGCGACACUGCCCAAAUCCUGGGCUCUGGCGCAGGGAUCGCCUUGGCAUCCCACAUCAACUACCACCUGGGCCUUUUGCCAGACCCACCUGCAUCCAUGUUUCCUCUUCAACCUCCAUCUUUCACCCUCAGCCUGAUCGGACUCUGUCUACUCCGCUUUCUCCUCGGUGUCAUCAUUCUCCUGGCUACCAGAGCCAUAAUGAAGGCUCUCACCAUCCCGCUCGUCUGCUGGCUCUUUGGGAUUCCCAGCGGCGACGUCCGGAAGGCCAGGCAGCACAUGGAGGUGGAGCUGCCGUAUCGUUAUAUCGUCUAUGGAACCGUGGGGUUAAAUGCGCAUUUUCUUGUGCCUUUCCUGUUUGCCCGUGUGGGCCUGUUGUGAUUAGGUGGAAGAAACACCUAUUCUUUUAGCCAAUAAGAGCCCAGUUGGACUGCAGAGGCAACUCUCUUCGAAUCAGUGAUUGGAUGGAACUAAUGCCGAUCAUGUAACUGACACUGUGCUACACCUUCCAGAUGCUCCUUGAAUGCAUUUUCCACCAGUUAUACUGUAGUUUUAUCAGAUUUUCUAUUCAAAACACCUAUUUGAUGUUGAUCCAGAGAUUAUUGCCCUUUUCUAUGCAGUUUGCAUUGCAUGUAGUACAGUAAGUAGCAUAUCUAUCAGAUUCUAUUCUUAUCUAAAAUCCUAUGUUUUUUUGCAAGCAAUACAGCAUUUUUGCUAAUUCUCAAAUUUUAUAGGACUUAUGAGUAAUCUUUUGGCAAGUUUUGUUCAUGCCACAGUAGGUGGACUUAAACUCUUGCAUCAAGAGUUGAUUGAAAUCUCUCUUGCGAAGAUGUGACUCAUGCAAAUUAGCGUGCAAAAUCUCUGCGACGCUUACGAAUUGGCUGGAACUGAUGCCAGCAAUUUAUAUUUCUUUUGUUUGCGAGAUUUGAAUCUGAAAUCUCAAAUGUUAAUAGAAAUGGUCAGUGUUGGGAGCAGCGCUGAUCUUUGUGGUAAUUUUUGUUGCAGUUGAUUGAGAGGUUUAGUUUUUGAUCUAAAGAAGGUUGGACUAUUCUCCAAAGACUUAUAGAAGCCUUAAACGGAUAGUUCAUACAAAACGACAGUUCUGUCAUUUUACUCACCCUCAAUAUUUGACCUGUGGUGCAGAAGAAAAUAUUUUGAGAAAUGUCUUCUUGUGCAUAUAAUAGAAGUCAAUGGGCUCUAAUGUUAUUUGGUUCUCAAUGUUUCCAACAGAGAAAGUAAGUCACACAGGUUUGGAAUAACAAUGCUGACAGAAUGUACAUGUCAGGGAGACUGGCUCGUAAUCAGAAUUUUAUUAGAUCUUUAAUCUCAGUCUGCUUUUAUUCCCUGUACGUUGUUAUGGUACUAUAUGUGUGUGUAAAUAUGUGCGGCAUUAUUGAUCGCAAAGAAAAGCGGCACUAGACUAAUAAAGGUUUUCUCUACUAGCAUUUAGCGGUGUGCUUUCAGUCAGGUUGAAACACAAGGUUUGCCACUAAGCCUAUGAAUAAUUCUGCCUUCUGAUAGUCAAGGUUGUGUUUGAUGUAUAGUUAAGAUGAAUAUGUGGUACUGAUUUAAAUGCACUGUUUCCAGAUUGCACUGCUCUGCUGCCUGCUGUUGUGUGUGUUGCUGCGAUGGCCUUAUAAUAGGUCAGGCUUGCAUGACUGCUGUGUGCGUGCGUUUAUACUCUUCCUGUGGCCUUGUGUGUCUUUGUGCACAUUUAAGUUCCUAUUUUUGCUGAAAGAGAAGCUGGUUUCCCAACUCCUCACUUCUGUAAACAGGAUUUUUUUUUCUCUCUGAAUGAUGAGAAAACCAGCUAUUCUUCUCAGUGCAGAGCAAUGCUGACCUCUGACCCUUCACCUAGAACAGGGGUAGGCAAGUUCGGUCCUAGAGAGCUGCAGUCCUGCAGAGUUCAGCUCCAACCCUAA